CUGUGUGGAACUCGACUGUUUUUUUUUUUUUUUCAAGUUUUUGUAAACCUUCAUUGUGGAUUUGAAAUCCAUGAAAUAGAGAUCUGUCUUUUGUUUUUAUUUUGGAUCUCUCCAUAAAACCCGACCACAGAUCUAAGCAACACGCCCUCAGUUAAACCCUUGACUAGGGUUUUACUGCCGCCCUCCCUAACGGCUACGUCGGAAGGAAAGAACUCCGCGGGAAGGAAAACGCUUCAGGAUUCGCAAUCCAGGGCUUCGGUCCUUCUUCUUCUCUGUCUGGAGAUCCAUCUUCGCGAUGAUCGUCUCCCAUUUCCUCCGAAGACGGAGUAUCCGAGUCCGGGAUCUUGAAGUCCUUCGUGGAUUUCUUCCCGUUCGUCAUGUCCACGCACGGCCGUCCAAGCCUCCGACUCCUCCGAUGCCUCCCCGGCCGCCGCAGAAGCCCGUGGGCUUCACGUUUCACGGCGAGACCUGGCACGAUCCCUACAGCUGGAUGUCUGAUCUGCAGGACAAAGUGGCGAUGCGGCACAUGGACGUCUACAUGGAGCAGGAGGAGAAGUAUACGGAGGCGGUGAUGUCGGAAACCGGUCAGCUUCAGAGGAAGCUGCAGAGGGAGAUGGGAAGCCGUAUGGGUGCCGAACUGUCUACCCCGCCUGUGCGCUUUGGUCCUUGGUUAUAUUAUAGGCGUGUUGAACAAGGAAAGCAAUACCCUGUUCUUUGUCGGCGAUUAGCUAGCCUGAAUGAAGAGAUUAUGUCUUAUAAGUCUCCCUCAGCUGGAUUUGAUUUUAUGUCUGGAAAAAAGAUUGAGCAGAAGUUAUUGGAUUACAAUGAAGAGGCUGAGAGAUUUGGAGGUUAUGCAUAUGAAGAGUUAUCUGAAGUCUCUCCAGAUCACUGUUUUCUUGCUUAUACCAUGUAUAACAAGGAAAUUGAUUCUUUUAGCUUAUCUGUCAAGGAUUUGUCAACUGGAUCUUUAUGCAAUAGUCCAAAAGUUGAUCGAGUUGCAAAUUUAGCAUGGGCCAUGGGUGGUAAAGCAUUACUGUACACUGUGACAGAUACCAACAGGAGACCGUAUAGGUCUGAAGCAUGCAUGAUGGGAUCUGGCAAAGAUGAUAUUUUACUUAUGGAAGAGUUAGAUGAUUCUGUGUACAUUAAUAUCAGAAAUACCAAGGACUUCCAAUUUGUGACUGUGAACUCUUUCUCAAACGCUUUCUCAAAGGUAUACUUGAUAAACUCAGCCUGUCCUUCAUCUGAAAUGGAACUGGUGUGGGAGGGUGAGCCGCAUGUUCAUUGCAUAGUUGAACACCAUCAAGGUUUCCUGUAUUUAUUCACAGAUGCUUCCAGAGAUGGGAUGACUGCUGACUCCCACUAUUUGCUUCGUGCUCCUCUUAGAUCAGCUUUGAGAAAUUGGGAGGUUAUUUUCCUUAACGAGCCUCAUGUUAUCCUUGAGGAUGUUGAUUUUUGCGCGACACAUAUGGUGCUUAUAUUAAGGGAAGGAAAAAGUCCCAAGAUAUGUUCUAUUUCACUGCCGCUAUCUAUUGGUGAUAAAAUGGUACCUACACAUUUAGAUGCUCUUGGCCUAUGUUUUUUGCCUCUUCCACCGCAUGUCUGCCACGUCUCGCCUGGACCUAAUUAUGACUUCUAUUCAUCAACUAUGGGGUUCAUUGUAUCAUCACCUGUGAUGCCUGAUGCAGUGGUGGAUUAUGAUUUGUUAACCUGUAAAUGGCACAUUGUCCAGCAGCAGAACGUACUUCAUGAACGAACUCGUAUUCUGUAUGGGACAUCUGUUUCUAGUACUAGCCUGGAGAAACUGGAAUCCUCACAGAAGUUUGAAAUUGCAGUGGAAACUGAUGAUGACAAUGUCACUUGGAACGAUCUCUCUCAAUAUUAUGCUUGUGAAUAUUAUGAUGUUCUGUCAAAAGAUGGUGCAGUUGUUCCUCUUACUGUUUUAUACUCACAUAAAAGAAAACAAGGAGGCCCUGGCUUGCUGCAUGGGCAUGGAGCAUAUGGUGAACUAUUAGACAAGCGGUGGCGCACUGAAUUGAAAAGUUUGCUUGAUCGUGGUUGGGUUGUUGCUUAUGCUGAUGUCAGGGGAGGGGGUGGUAAAGGCAAAAGAUGGCACCAUGAUGGAAGGCGAUUGAAGAAACUCAACUCUGUGCACGAUUAUAUUGCUUGUGCUACAUUUCUGAUGGACAAGGAAAUUGUGCAUCCAAAUAAACUUGCUGGCUGGGGUUACAGUGCAGGUGGGCUUCUUAUUGCAUCUGCCAUCAACAUCCAACCAGAUCUCCUUCGUGCGGCAGUCUUGAAGGUUCCGUUUUUAGAUGUGUGCAACACCCUUUUGCACCCGGUAUUGCCACUUUCACCUGCUGACUAUGAGGAAUUUGGAUAUCCUGGAAAUUUUGAAGAAUUUCAAGCAAUACGGCAGUAUUCACCAUAUGAUAAUAUUAAAAAGGACGUGCUUUAUCCAGCAGUCCUCGUGACAUCAUCGUUAAACACCAGAUUUGGUGUGUGGGAAGCUGCAAAAUGGGUUGCUAGGGUUCGUGAGCUUACUGUUCCAGAUCCGGCACGCCCAAUACUGCUCAAUUUGACAACGGACAUAGUGGAGGAGAACAGGUACUUACAAUGCAAGGAGACUGCACUAGAGACAUCCUUUCUGAUCAAAAUGAUGGAAGGAUAGGGUCUUCCUAUUGGCUGUCUGUUCGUAUUUCUUCGUGGCCAAGAAUCACAAGCUGAGGGUUGCUCCUCUGUUUCCUUUCGUCAUUAUAUCGUUUGGUGCAUCCACUAGGCAAAAAAGAUGGUCUAUGUAUGUCCAGCGUAAUCCGGUAACUUAUAAUGAUCAUAUAUUGUGAUUAUGCUACAUUGCUCUUAUCAGGCAGUGAUAUCAUGUGGCCGAUGUAACUCUCUAAAGCCUCAAUGAGUACACGUAUGAAGAAACACAGAGAGAAUACGGUCGUAAACAAUGAUCAUUCUGCAAAAUAGACUGUAGGUACUUUGGUGAUGGUGCAGGUGCAGGGUGGAGGUUUUAUUGUCAGUUUACAGGCGACGUAAGAGUGAGGAGGAUUUUGUGUUCGUAAUGCAUGGUUCGGCAUCAUUUUCGACGACCAUUGCUUGAUUCCCUGCGAGAGGUAGCUAGCUGGAGCCUUCCAUGUGGGAUAUGGACGUUUCCGAUCUGCCCCUUUCCAUCGUCCUAGGCCGCGGGACCUCUGAAUCAUUUUAAUUGGAAAAUUUCUCCAGAAUCAUGAUGUCCCAAUGCUGGAAUUGUUUCGAGUGGGUUACCGAACAUUGUCUUGUUUUAUCAGUGCUGUUUUGACUUGCAUGAAGCUACCAUCUGUUCGACUUGUGAGGGAAUCUUUUUUUUCGAGAAA